ACAUAUACUACGACACUAUAAACAAUGGACAUAGAAGUUGGAGCUGCUUUGCUUCCAAAUAUUCUUAUUUCAAUUGUUUUUCUCGCGAUCGGCGUUGUAUCGUAUGUCGUAUUCUUUAAAAAACCCGAUGAAAGUCAUUUAAAUAAAACUGAUGUUAAUCAAAAAGUGAAUAACCACUCAGAAAAUGGGGAAAAUAUGUCAAAAAGCAAAGUUCAGCUGGGAAAAAAAAAAGUCUCCAAAGAACCCUCUAAAAAAAAUAAUGCUAAUUCAAUCGGAAAAGAAAUAAACCAUUUACAUCCUUAUUUAAUCACAUCUUUAAAAGGUCAUACUUCUUCAGUGUUAGGCUUAGAUUUUAGCAGCAAUGGAAAAUAUCUUUUGUCUUGUUCUGAAGAUAGAACUGUAAGAUUGUGGAGUGUUAAAGAUUUUUUUGCAAAAGAUCACAAAUACACAAGAGUGAAUGUUGAAUUUGAUCAUGCUUCAUCUGUUUCAAUGAGUCCAGAUUCAAGAGCAUUCAUAGUUUCAUUAGCUGUUGAACAAACCAUUCGAGUUUUUAAGAUUCAUAAGAAAAAAGAAAAUGGAAACUCUGUAAUGAAUGUAACUCAUGAGUAUGAUUUUCCCAAAAUUCAUAAGACAGAAAUAAUAAAUGCAGCAAUAUCUAGUAAUGGCAAGUUUAUCAUGUCAGCUGGGAAAGAUACACAAAUAAUAAUCUGGAGCUUAAAAGGUGAUGUUUAUGAAAAAAUAGAUACACGGCUUGUUUACAACACCAAUGCUGAUAUUUUACCAUGUGGAAAUCUUAUAGCAGCAUGUGGGUUCACUUCUGAUGUUAAACUUUGGCAAAUCGUUUUUGAUAAAACUGGAUCUUUUUCUCAGGUUUCAAAGGCCUUAGAAUUAAAAGGACAUUCAGCUGGCGUACUAUCAUUUUCCUUUUCUAAUGACUCAAAAAGGGCAGCAACUGUUUCAAAAGAUGGAACAUGGAAAAUAUGGGACAUAGAUGUAAACUAUUUAAAAGGACAAGAUGCUUAUCUUUUGAACACUGGCCAGUUUAAACACGUUGAACACCCUGCUUUUAUUGCACUUUCACAUGAUUAUUAUACUGUUUCCAUAGCUACUUAUAUGUCUAUUUAUAUGUUUAAUGCCAAAUCAGGAAAUAUGGAAGAAGAAAUAGAAAGUGCUCAUAAAGGUCAUAUCACAGCACUGCGGUGGCAUGCUGAUUCACGCCAAUUAGUAUCAGCAGGAGGAACAGAUCGUGUUAUUAAAGUUUGGCAUAAUCCUGUUGGUGCACAUGCGUUUUUGUCUGAUUUAAAAGAAAAGCUUCCUAAAACCAAAUCAGAUGUUGUAAAGGAAAGAAUUCAGAAACAAAUUGAGGAGACAGAAUUUUAUAUUGCGACUUUAAAGACAACCUAGCUUAAUGAUUAACUGUAGUCGAACAUGGUUAACCUGAUGCUGUUUUUAUUAAAUGAAAUAUUUUUGA